ACUUCUUACAUCCCUAUUUUGACCUUUAGUCUGCUACAAAACAACAGUCACUAUUCAUAUAGUUACAAUUUUUCUAAAACUAUUUUGUAAAUCAGUAUCUAUUAUUACACGUUUCCAUAGUUAAAACUGGUAUGGUUGCUAAAGAAUACACGUAUUUAUAUAUUUUAGACCUGUGUUUAUAAGUGAAUUUACUUCGUAAAGAGGCGGUGAAUAUGGACUCAACGCAAAACCUUGGAACAACUGGAAAUAUUAUUAGCCAUGAAGCAUUGGACGAGUCCUCGUUUGUUGGAAAUAUACUACGUGAAAUUUUGUAUAGUCCGAUGAACCUAGCACUUUUAACUGUAAUAGUCUUUCUUGUAUACAAAAUAGUGCGCGAUCGCACCGAAGUACCAAGUUCUAGUGCUCAGAAACAAACUUUACCAGAACUUCCCAAAAUACGACGCGACUUUACUGUUAAGGAACUACGACAGUACGAUGGCAACCAACUUGAUGGUCGAGUUUUAGUGGCAGUUAAUGGAAAUGUGUACGACGUUAGUAAAGGAAAACGCUUUUAUGGGCCAGGAGGACCCUAUGCUACGUUCGCUGGAAGAGACGCUUCACGAAAUUUGGCAACAUUUAGCGUGGUUUCGAAUGAUAAAGAUGACUUUGAUGACUUAAGCGACCUGAGUGCAGUAGAAAUGGACUCAGUGCGAGAAUGGGAAAUGCAGUUUAAAGAGAAAUAUGAGCUUGUUGGCAAGCUGUUACGUACGGGAGAGGAGCCUACUAACUAUGAAGAUGACGAGGACGAUGAAAAUAUUAUUAACAAUGAUGGAACUGUUGUUGCUCAAUCAGUUAAUGUAUUAAGCGAACAAAAAGAUGUCUUGCGGGAUCGCCAGUCUAAAAAUGUUACAUCGGAAACGGAGAUAUAUGCUAAAAAGAUCAGUGCGGUAGAUGAUCACAACUUCAAAGAAGAUCAAAUUGCUGGAAGUAACAUUUCACUUUCCACACCUUCCACCGAAAACAGUUCAUUAGGUGAAUUACCCAUAACCGAUUUUUAGCAAGGGAAAGGCUCAAAAUUCAAGAACUGUUUGUAGCUUCAAUACACAAUCGGAACCUGAGAAUCAUUCAGCAAUUUUGUCUUUAAAAUUAUUAUUAUUUUUUUUUUUAAGUUUAAAACAAUUAUAUUUUGCAUUAUGAAAAAACUGAAUGAGAUCACUAAAACGGAGCGGUGUGAACUAUGAAGGUAGACACACUCAUAUUUUUGUUAAAAAUUUA